AUGGGCGACUAUGUGGACCGCGGCAUUCACGGCUUCGAAAUCGCCACCUACCUGAUUUUGCUCAAGCUGGUGCACCCGACGCACUUCACUGUGCUGCGAGGCAACCACGAGGUGGCCUGGAUGAAUCGGUCCUUCUUUCUGGAGGAGUGCCGCCUCAAGUUUGGCCGACAGGUGGGCCAGCACGUCUGGCGACUGCUGAACGCCGCUUUCUGCCAGCUGCCCUACGCCGCCCUCAUCAACGGCGCAGUCUUCGUCGUCCACGGCGGCAUCCCCAAAAAUUUGCGCUCGCUGGCCGAUCUCGAUCAGGAAAUUCCCAAAGGGCUGAUCGACGAGCACUACAACCGCAUAGCGCUUCAACUGCUCUGGAAUGACUUUCGAACUGCCGACUACGAUCGUCGUCGGCUGUUUGUUGCCGGUGAUGUGGAGCAGAUGGAGGCAACGGCCAAGGAGGUGAAUGGGCUGCCUAACGACGGAACAUUGAAAACCAAUGGUCAAGGAACUGAGGAGGAGGAUGAAGCGUCCAUCGAGCGGUACUUUGUGCCCAACUCGGUGCGCAACAUUGGCUUCAUCGCCGGCCACAAGGCUGUCCGCCACUUUCUCCGCCGCCACGGCCUCAGCUACAUCGUCCGCGCCCACCAGUACGACGGCACAGUGAAGGCCACCGGCUACAACACCCACUCGGCGAAGAAGGUCCUCACCGUCUUCAGCAACUCCGCCUACGUCGGCCAGCUCAACUCGACGGCCUGCGUCUGUGUGAACAGCGCCACCCACAGCAUCGACAUCAUCGGCCUGCGCAGUGGGCGUCGAAACCCGCGCCGCGAGGUGGGCGGUCGAAAUCACAGCGAAAUCUUUGAGUGUGAUGAGCUGGCGGAGAUGAAGUUUGGCUUUUGA